AUGUUUUUACAUUCCACCGCUAUUUUACGGAGCCGUUUAGUGGGAACUAUCUAUUGUCUGUUGCUGCAUUCAUCGUCCUCAGUUGCUCCACAAGUUCCUCUUUGGUUCAACGUGGCACCAAAGAGAGCUCAUCCGUACAUGGUGCUAGCACGCACCUGGAGCAUAGCUUUUGCGGCCAAUCCUGGGUGUUUGCCCGAUUUUGGAAUGCUGGCAUUGUUUGGAGCUGGAGCUCUUCUGAUGCGUGGUGCUGGGUGUACGGUUAACCAUAUCAUUGAUCUCGACAUCGACCUUAAUGUACUCAGAACCAGUGAUCGUCCUGUUGCCAGAGGAUCGGUUUCAGUAUCUAACGCCGCUAAAUUUCUUGCUCUUCAGCUUCUCGGAGCUUUUGUGAUUCUCCUCCAACUAAGUCCACAGAAUGUAUUUAUUGGGUCCUGUUGUCUUGGUCCUGUCUUUGCCUACCCUCUGUUUAAGAGGUUU